AUGAUCUCCACCUUCUCCUCCUCCAGGUCCAGCUCCGGCGGCUCCUCCGUGGGCCUCGGCGGCGGCGGCCGCCUGGUGUCGUCGGUGAGGGCCGGCAGCGUGUACGGUGGCGCCGGCGGCUCUGGCGCCCGCAUCUCGUCCUCCAGCAGCUACAGCGUGUCCGGCGUGGACGAGAGCGUCAUCGGCAACGAGAAGUUCACCAUGAGGAACCUGAACGACCGCCUGGCCACCUACCUGGCCAAGGUGCACUCCCUGGAGAAGGCCAACGCCGAGCUGGAGCUGAAGAUCCGUCAGUUCCUGGAGAGCAAGGCGGGGCCGUCCACCCGAGACUACAACGCCUUCUCCUGCACCAUCGCUGACAUCACCGCCAAGAUUCAAGGAUCCCUGAGUGUGAACGCAGCCGUCCACCUCAGCAUCGAUAACGCUCGCCUGGCGGCGGACGACUUCAGGUCCAAGUUCGAGAGCGAGCUGACCAUGCGCCAGUCGGUGGAGGCCGACAUCAGCGGCCUGAGACGAGUCCUGGAGCAGAUGAAUCUGUCCAAGUCGGACCUGAGCAGCCAGAUCGACGGCCUGAAGGAGGAGCUGCUGUUCAUGAAGAGGAACCACGAGGAGGAGCUGCUGGCCAUGCGUGCUCAGAUGAGCGGUCAGGUGCACGUGGAGGUGGACGCCGCUCCGGGGGCGGACCUCACGCAGGUCAUGGCGGGAAUCAGAGAACAUUAUGAGACCAUCAACGCCAAGAACAACCGAGAGCUGGAGAGCUGGUUCCAGAACAAGACGGAGACCCUGAACAAGGAGGUGAUCACCCAGACGACCACGCUGCAUACGUCACGCUCCGAGGUCACGGAGGUCAAGCGCUCGCUGCAGUCGCUGCAGAUCGAGCUGCAGUCGGCGUCCAGCAUGAAAGCGUCUCUGGAGGCGACUCUGGCUGAGACUCAGAACCGGUUCUCCAUGAGGCUCAACGGGUUCCAGCUGCAGGUCUCCUCCCUGGAGGAGCAGCUGCUGCAGCUGAGGUCGGACCUGGAGCGUCAGGCUCUGGAGUACCGGACGCUGCUGGACAUCAAGACGCGUCUGGAGCUGGAGAUCGCAGAGUACCGGAGGCUGCUGGACGGAGAGGCCGCCAGCAGCACUUCCUCCUCCUCCACGACCACGACGACCAAGCGGGUGGUGACGGUGGUGGAAGAGGUGGUUGAUGGGAUGGUGGUGUCAUCAUCGUCUCAAACGUCCUCCGUCUCCAGCCAGAACCGCUGA